AUGGACAGGGCCAGGCGGCGGCAGAUGCUGGGCCUCCUCCCCGUCGGCCUCGCCCUGGCCUGCUCCCUCGCCGCCGUGGGCAGCAGCCACUGGUGCCAGGGGACCCGGAGGGUGACCAAGCCGCUGUGCCCGGGCAGGCUGCCCUGCAUUCACUCCGAUGGGGGCAGGAGGGACAACGCGAGCCAGGCCGUCCAGGACAUUUGGGAGACGGGGGACGACAUGUUCAUCCUGCGCAGGUUCCAUGCGGGGCUCUGGCAGUCCUGUGAGGAGAGCGUCGGCAGCACAGGUGAAAAGUGUAGGAGUUUCCAGAGCAUCAUACCAGCUGAAGAACAAGGUGUUCUGUGGCUGUCCAUUGGGGCCGAGAUCAUGAAUAUUUUUCUGAUGAUGACAAGUGCCAUCCUCCUGGGCUCCAGAUUGAGUUACCAUCACUCUCAUUUCCAUCAGCUCAAAGUGGAUGCCUCUGUAGCCAUCCUCAUGGUGCUUGCAGGGCUUCUCAGCAUGGUGGCCCACAUGAUGUACACAACCAUUUUUCAAAUCACUGUGAACCUUGGACCAGAAGAUUGGAGGCCUCAGAUGUGGGACUACGGCUGGUCCUACUGCCUCGCGUGGGGUUCAUCUGCCCUCUGCAUGACUGUGUCGGUCAUGGCCAUGAACAGAUAUACAGCAGCCCGCCUGGAGUUCACAGAGAAGCAGAGGGUACAGAAGGGAAGUCAGCACUCUCAACUCAACUGCCUGGAGCCCAAGGCUUUGGAAAGUAUUUGGGAAACAGAAACUGCUCCCAGCCCUGCCGGGAGCGCCCUCACAAGUGUCUCUGAGCACCUGCCACCAAGUGCCCCCGGCAAGGUGUCCAUGUGCUAG